AUGGCGGCCAAAUUCAGUCAUGUUGUAGACGACAUUCAUCACAACCGGCUUUUCCCAAGCUUGUCUCUCCCCAACUCACUCGACAGAUCCAUAAUGGGCGUCGGUCGAUUUCUUCUCAACGUGCUCGUCGUGUUAGCCGCCGUGGCGGGAGGCUUUUACCAGUUCAAACUCAGGCCGUUGCUCGAGCGCUUUGGUCACGGAAGAAUAAUCCGUUCUGUGGGCAAUACUGAUUGCACUGGGGUUCCUGAGCUCAAGGCAUGUGAGAAGAUUGUGUUGCACCAACCCACGGGAGUGAUCUACCUCGCGUGUUCCACCCCUGAAAGUCGCGUGCACUGGACACCCGCCGUAGGCCACCUCAACGCGGAAGGCGCCUCAAGGGAGGAUUAUGUCGCGACAUACGACCCAUUGACCCAGAAGAUUACGCGAUUGACAGUCACCGGAUUCACCAGCAAGCGUGGUCUCUCCCUCCAUGGAAUGGACGUCGUCCCUUCCGCUGACGACCCCGACCAACUUUGGGUGUACCUCGUCAACCAUCGUGCGCCGCUAGAAGGCGACGCCAGGAAGGUCGGCGCUGACUCUGCCAUCGAAGUCUUCAAAACCAUUGUCGGUAGCUCGAAAUUGGAAUACGUUCGGACGGUUGAAGACGACACUAUUAUCACUCCCAACGACCUUAUCGGCUCCCCUGACGGUAAAAGCUUCUAUGUCACCAACGACCACGGCGUCAAAGUCGGAUUCAGCAGAGACUUGGAAAUGCUGGGACGUUCGGCUACCUCGGUAGUCUACUGCCACGUCGAUGAGGGCUGCAAAUUCGCCAUCCAGGGCAUGCACGGUAACAACGGCAUCGCCCAAGCACCCAACGGAACCAUUUACGUCGUCAACUCGCUGCAUGGUGCUUUGAAUGUUCUCGAGCGCCAGGCUGAUAACACUCUGGUCUUGACGGACGUGAUUGAAGUUGAUCGCCCCAUGGAUAACGCAAUGGUGGAUUCUGAAGGACACGUUUGGACGGCCGCGUUCCCCAAGGCCUUGACCCUCGUGUUCAAGCACUUUAAGGAUCCCGUCAACGUUCUUUCCCCAUCCACCGCCUUCCGCUUUUCUAUCAACACGGGCGAGGAUGCAUUCUAUGGCAAGAAAUUCAAAGUUGACCGGGCCUUUGAAGACGAUGGUGAAAUCGCCUCGGGAACAACCUCCGCUGUCUAUGAUGCUGAACGAAACCGGCUCUUCUUGAAUGGCCUCGCCGCACCACGACUCACGAUUUGCAAGCUUUAA